AUGAGGUUAAGAAGUGUAAAUAGAGUUGCAACGGUUUCUCAUUCGGCCCAGAUUUUAUCAUUUUACAUUAAACCUUCAGAAAAGAGAAAAUUACCAAGGAUAGGGAUUACCACAGAAAAUAUGGUGCAACUGUUUCUAAGAGCAGAAGCCAAAGAAGCACGGUUUUGUGCGUUGCAUGAGCGUGAUCAUGAUGAUGAUCAUGUGCAUGGGGCUAAGAUAUUUGGUUCUUUGAGGGGGUCCCAGAAUCAAACUUCUUCUGCUGAUGAUCUCUCUGUUGCCUUGCCAUGCCCCCACCAAAAACCCCUUAGACACACCUUCAUGUGCAGUGGAAACCAUUUCUCACGAUUCCGCGACACUCUGUUGAUGAGGCCCAUCAACAUCGACAUAGUUGUUAUUUACAAACUCACAGAUGGAACUACAGUUGUAGGAAAAUCUCCUACUUUCACUGAAGUCUCUGAGUGA